AUGACUGGAUCUGGCAAGCUGUCGGCGGAUGACCUGAACGCCCUGAUCGCGCACGCUCACUGUCGCAUUGAGAAGCUGAACCAGGAGCUGGCGGAGCAGCGGGUCAGAGAGCAGGUCCACAUAGACUCGGCACUGCGACAGCAGAAGGUGGAGCAUCAGAAAGCUCUGGAGAGGUCCGUGAACACCACCCUGCUGCAUGCCAAGGAGGAGGCCCGACUGGAACAAGAGCGCAAGCUGUCCGAGUUGAGAGAAGUGAUGGAGGCAGAAAUGAGAACUCAGCUCCGGCGUCAAGCAGCUGCUCACACAGACCAUGUUACAGAUGUGCUCAGAGUCCAGGAACAGGAACUGCGAGCUGAGGCUGAACAGGUCCUGACGAGUAAGCUGUUUGAUCAGGAGACCCACUUCCAUCAGAUGAGCCAGGAACAUGUGGAUAAUUUCACUCUGGAUAUGAACGCUGCCUACGCAAGACUGAAGGGGAUGGAAGAGGCUAUCGACAGUCAUGUGAUCGCGGAGGAGGAGGCCUGCAAAGCUCACCAGCUCUGGCUGUCUGUGGAGGCUCUCAGCUACACCUUACAGUCCGCCGACAUGGAUUCGCUCACCGUCCCUCUUGCUAAUGCUGCUCAGGCUGUGCGGGACAGUUGCCAUGACGAAUUUGCCCUGGCUCUGGCUUCAGCUCUUCCAGAAGAAUCUCUGCAGCGUGGGGUGUACAGUGAAGCCUCGCUCCGUUCCCGCUUCAACUCUCUGCGCUCGCUGGUCCGCCGGGUCAGCCUUAUCGAUGAAUCUCACAACUCCUUGUACCAGUAUUUCCUGUCUUAUGUUCAGGCUGCUCUGCUGUUUGAGGAGAAACAGGAAGCACCGCCUGCCCAACUCAGACGGGAAGAUUUAGACACCUUUAAGCUUCUUUCGUAUGCCAGCUACUGUUUGGAGCACGGCGACCUGGAGUUAGCCGCUAAAUUGGUUAAUCAGUUGAGAGGGGAAGCUAGGAGAGUGGUGGAGGACUGGCUGACUGAAGUCAGGCUGACGCUCGAAACCAGGCAGGCAGUCAGCCUGCUCUCUGCUUAUGCAAAUGCUGUGGGCCUAGGAACUACCCAGGUGCCAUAGGCCGGAAAACAAGACAACCCUCCAAGGUAUACUGCACUGAUCUACCUUCAGGCACUUUGUACAUCACAAGCAAUGUUUCAACUUUUUCUCUGCCAUCAUGCACCCUGAUCAUCAGGGACAGAGUUCCUAACCAGACCUUGGGACAGAGUUCCUAACCAGACCUUGGAUAUGAUACUACACCAGUUCAGACCCGCCAGUGUUUUCAGAUUCAGAAGUUGCUACACAGGUGAUGUUGUUGCUUCUGAUGUCACACAUUGCGGUGAUGCUUAUUGUUGAAGUGGGUGGGGUCUAAGUCUGACAAGCUGCUUAUUGUGUGGAAGAUGUCUCUGCCCACAGAUGGGAAAAUACUCAGAAAUAGAAAAUCUGGAGAACUCCUGGGCAGCGUGAUGUUUCUUCACUGGCUCCAAACGGCUCAGUAACGUAACGUCUUUUUUCCGUGUUUGGCGGCAGCAGUUUGUCAGGUUUUAUGCGAUUGCCCUUUGUGCUGUUUUGCGUGUGCGUUGGUGGAUUGUGCACUUUCUGAUUUUCGUUCACACUCUGAAAACAGACAUCUGCCAACUGUCAAACUGUUAUUGUGAAUCAAGUCUAUAUUAUUUAAAAACAAAAUGUAUAUUUGGAAUCUUUAAAUCACUAAAAUUUGUUUGUUUGAGUGCAUCCUGUAGCCCUGAAAAGCUGCUCUGCAAAGCUCCUACAUGGAGGACAGUUCUGCAGCUCGAGCUGGACUCUGGAGCAGAUCCAGCCUUCAGGACUACAGGAGCCAUUCAGUGCAGUAUUCCUGAACACCAAGUCUGAUUGUUUCUGUCUGUGUCAACACAUCGAAAAAUAAACUGACUGCAAACAA